GCAGGAAGCGGGCGGGCCGGCCGUGACCCGCGGGCGGGCAGCGCCGGCCGCCGCCAUGACGGGAAAAUCGGUGCGGGACGUGGAGCGCUACCAGGCGGUGCUGGCCGGGCUGCUGGCCGAGGACGAGAACAAGUUCUGCGCCGACUGCCAGGCCAAAGGGCCACGAUGGGCAUCCUGGAACAUCGGGGUGUUCAUCUGCAUCCGCUGUGCUGGGAUCCACAGGACUGGGGUUCACAUCUCCAGGGUCAAAUCCGUCAACCUGGACCAGUGGACACAGGAGCAGAUCCAGUGCGUGCAGGAGAUGGGGAAUGGCAAAGCCAAUCGUCUGUACGAAGCUUACCUGCCUGAGAACUUCAGGAGGCCCCAGACAGACCAAGCUGUGGAGAGUUUUAUCCGGGAUAAAUAUGAAAAAAAGAAAUAUAUGGACAGAAGCAUCGACAUCAACGCCUUCAGGAAAGAAAAAGACGACAAAUGGAAAAGGAGCAACGAGUCGGACAGAAAAGUGGAGCCCAUCAUCUUUGAGAAGGUGAAAAUGCCUCAAAAGAAAGACGAAACGCAGCAAUCCAGGAAAAGUUCCCCCAAAUCCGAGCCAGUCAUGGACCUGCUGGGCCUGGACGCUCCGGUGACAACGCCCGUCCCCAACGGGCGGCCCUGCAGCCUGGAGAAGGACCUGGACCUGUUUGCAUCCGUGGGAGCCAGCUCAGACUCCAGGAGGGUCGUUGGCUCCAUGCCAACCUCUGGAAGUGCUGGCUCUGUUCCUGAAAACCUGAAUCUGUUCCCUGAGCCUGGAGGCAAAGGGGAGGAGGUGGGGAAGAAGCAGCUCUCCAAAGACUCCAUCCUGUCCCUGUACGGCUCCCAAAGCUCCCAGGUGCCAGCACAAGGAGCGAUGUUCAUGGCUCCGGCUCAGCUGGGCUAUCCCUACCCCGGCUUCCCAGGAGUUGCCCCUUCCAUGGUGGCCCCAUCUGUGGGCAUGCUGGCCCAGCCUGGGGCUGCAGGCAUGGUGGCCCCCAUGGCCAUCCCAGCUGGCUACGUGGGCAACGUGCUGGGCGUGCCCAACGGGCUGAUGGGGGCCCAGCAGCCCGGAUACGUGGCCACGGUGGCCCAGCCCGUGUUUGGGGUGCAGCCAGCACAGCAACUGCAGUGGAACCUGGCACAGGUGACCCAGCAGAUGGCUGGGAUGAAUUUCUACGGAGCCAACGGGAUGCUGGGCUAUGGGCAGUCCAUGGGAGGAGGAGGAGGAGCAGCCCAGGGCAGCAACCCCUCGCUGUGGAAAUGAGCCCUCGCUCGCACGUGACCAUUUCUGCCUUUGUUCUGUUCUCCAAACCUGCUCCAUCACACAUUCAGGGGUUUUUUUGUUCUUAUUUUAAUCCUUUCAGGUUUUUGUGGGAGAACCAAACUCCCCCCUCCAACCUGAAUUGAUUUUUUAUUUUUUUUUUCCCAUCCCUGAGCUCCAUCUCUGCCUUUCCACUGUCACAGCCACGGGGACAGCUCGGUGGCCAGGCCAGGAGCAGCCCCGUCCUCAGCACAGUCAAUGCACACAGGGAGGGAUUCCCUCCCUGCUCUGAGCUCCACCUCAGCUCCUGGGUAGCACUUGAUGCCCUGCUGGGCACCUGGGCACAGGUGGGCACUGGGAAACUUGGGAAAUCUGGACUGAAUCUCUGCCCAGAAAGCUGGGAUUUCUCACUUCUACGCCAGUGUUAGAUUAUUUUUGGGGGGGGGGUGGGAAAGGGGUGGGGGAAUUUUGUUUGGGUGCUGAGGAGCUGGAUUUAAGAUUUAAGCCGAGCCCAGGGGCAAGCAAGCCUUGCUACCUCCUCCCUUGAGCGGAGCUCUCCCUGCUCCCACCCUCCUUGGAACCAAAGUCCUUGGGAAAAGCCCUGUCCCACCCCCCUGGGCGAGCAGGAAUCUCACCCAGGGUGGGGGCAAAGCCGAUGGAAUGUGAAAAACUUGCACUGCAGAGUGAAAAUUCUGGCUGCUGUUGGGAUCUGAUGGAAUUUCACUUCUAACAAUCUAACCAGAGUUAAUUCUCCAGGGCCCAGAGCCCUGUGCAAGUUUUCUUACACUUUUAAAAAAAAAAAUGACUCUGACAUCCUAAUUUAUACUUUUUUCAUGUAUUUUUUUUUCUGUUUUGUUCUUGUUGUCGUUGUUCCUGUGUAAAAUCCUGGUUCCCUCCUUUCCUGGCUCGCUUGGGGACAUUUUAAUCUUAGGCAGAUUUCUUUUCUCAUCUCCAGUAGAACCCAAAACUGCUUCAAAAGUCAGCAAGAAUCGGACUUGUGGUCUGCUCUCUCCUGUGGAUAUGUAAAUUCCCAAAUAAAAUAUUUGCAGUGGA